CCACAGCGAAAAGAGGGCGCGGCUUAAUUGACAAUUAUUAUUUUGUUUUGUCCAACGAAAGUGAUGAAAUUCAAAAGGAUUUGGAAAUAGGAUUUGACUCAUCAAGUAUCAAGUUUUAAAUAUUUAUCCACAAUUCAGUCAAGAAAGAAGCCGAUUUUGAGUCCUCUCAGUAUCGACCUGAAAAAAUGUCAGAAUUUCCGCCUUGCCCACCGCAAUUCAAGCCACUGCAGCAUUAUCUGAAAAUUGCUGCAGAACAUGAUCAAAGAGACCCUAUCAUCAGCUACUGGUGUCGUGUCUACGCCCUCCAGAUGGGUUUGAAGAUUGACAAAAAAUCGCCUGAAGCUCUCAAGCUGCUGAUGAGUUUGAUGGAUUGGCUUGAAAAGAAGAAGAAAGAACACGCUGACAACGAUUCCAUCACUAAUGAAAUAGCUGCUCAGGCUUACAUGGAAAAUCACGCAUUGAAAAUUUUCAUGUGGGCUGAUGGGCAAGAUCGAGCUGGCAUUUUCAACAAGAAUGUUGUCAAGUCGUUCUACACAGCUGGAAUGUUGUUUGAUGUGAUGGAAACCUACGGCGAGCUCACCGAGAGUGUGGCCCAGAGCAGAAAAUAUGCAAAGUGGAAGGCUUCGUACAUCCACAACUGUUUGAAAAACGGGGAAAUGCCCAUUCCUGGACCUCAGGGCGAACUGGAAGACGAGGAAGGUGCUGCCGGAGGUGCUGAGUUUCCAGGUCAGCCUACUAUGGGCUUUGUUCAACCUCCAGGAGCAUAUGCUCCUGAUCCCACCAACAACCUGAACCCUGGGGUUUCUGGUCAUAGUGGCGGGCAUCCGGACAAUUAUUCUAAUUUCAAUCUGCCUGCGGUGCCUCCGAGUGGAUUUGACCCUCAAGAUUUGCCGUCCGUACCUGGGAUGAACUUUCCGUCUGUGCCUCCGAGCAACUACCCAUCUUCACCCUCGUACCCGACACCAACACCUCAGGUGCCGCAGCAGCCUGCUGCUCCCUCAAGUGCUAUCUCAGCUAGUGGUGCUUCUUUGAACCCGGAUCAAAUUACGAAAGCCCAGAAAUACUGCAAGUGGGCUGCAAGUGCCCUCAACUAUGAUGACAUUCCAACUGCGAUUUCAAAUCUGGAGAAGGGACUCGUUCUGCUGAAAACUGGUCAAGAUCCAAACUAGGUGUAAGUAUACAGCAACAAGUGUGCUUAAAUUAUUUCUGCAAUAACCAGCAGGGAAAAUAAGUUAAUCUGCUUGACUGCGCAUUUUAUUGUAAAUUCUCUGCGCCUGAAAUAAUGAUAAAUAAAAUUUGAACAAUAUUACUUACAGGUUGUC